CAUGGGAUUACUAGUUCAAAGGGAUAGUUACAAGCCUCUAACCAAGAACUCAAGUAAAUCAAAUCCUCUUUUUCCAAAGGGCCAAACAAAACACUGCCUUGUUUUCCAUUUUAUAUUCUCUUCAAAUCAUCGGAUCCAAACGGGCUGCUUCAAUCUGAUAUUUCUUCUAAGUUCAGUGACAGAACAAGAAAAAAAUGGAGAUCAGAGCGAGCGAAGACAUCAGCAUAGGCCAAGAUCUAACCCCUCCACUGGCUCCCCUCGCUUUCUCACUCCACUCCUCCUCCCUCCUCUCUCACUGCUCCGCCUGCUUCUCUCCUCUCUCUCCUCCUCCCCACCUUCCAUUCCCCAACCCCUCCUCCUCCUCCUCCUCCUCCUCCUCCGUCCUCUACUGCUCCCCACAAUGCUCCGAGGCCGACUCCGAUCUCCACCUCUCCAGCGCCGAGCACCACCUCCUCUGCUGCCACUUCCACGGCGGCUGCGACACCUCCGACCUCCGCGCCGCCCUCCGCCUCAUCCGCCGCUUCGAGCUCCUCAACCUUAUUUCCCGCCAAAACUACCAGUUUGAGAGAAUUGGCGGUUUGAUGAGCAAUCGCGAUAAAUUGAUGUCUUCCCUGAACGAAGAAGAAGACGGCGACGUUUUGGCGAGGAUUAAGGAUGGCGCGAAGGCCAUGGCGAUGGCGAGAAGGAUGCGAGACGGUUUGGCUUUAGAAUGCUCGGGGUUAGGGGAGUGUGUAUUGGAAGAGGUGGUGUUGUGUGUGGUGUUAACGAACGCCGUGGAGGUUCAGAUUAGCGGAGGAGGUCCCGCCGUUGGGAUUGCUGUGUACGAUACGACAUUUUCGUGGAUCAAUCACAGCUGCUCCCCCAAUGCUUGUUACUGGUUUUUGCAGCAGAAUGAGUGUUCCGGUGGCGCGUCAUGGUCGCGCAUUGUUCCUGCCAGCAGUGAUGGAAUUGAAGAAAUGGGAAAUGGUAACAAAUGUGAAUCAACAAAAGUGAGAGCUAAGGAAUAUGGUCCCAGAAUAAUUGUUGGAAGUAUCAAGGCGAUUAACAAGGGUGAGGAGGUAUCUGUUGCUUACACUGACUUGUUGCAACCUAAGGCGAUGAGGCAGUCAGAGUUAUGGUUGAAGUAUCGCUUUUCUUGUUCCUGUCAGCGAUGUAAUGCAUGGCCCCCAACUUAUGUGGAUCAUACUUUGCAGGAAAUUUCUGCUGUCAAUUGCAAUUGUGCCAACUUGAGUUCUGAUCACAACUACUACAGAUACGAGGCCAUUACAAGGUUGACUGACAAUGUAGAUGAUGCCAUAACUGAAUAUUUGACAUUUGGUAAUCCCAAAUCUUGCUGUGAGAAGCUUGAGAACUUGCUUACUCAUGGUCUCCUUGAUGGGCAGUUUGAAUCAAAAGAAGAAAAAUCAAAGAAACAAUUUUGGUUGCAUCCCCUCCACCAUCUCUCUUUGAGUGCCUACACCACACUGGCAUCUGCCUACAAAACCCGUGCAAGUGAUUUGUUGGCAGUGGAUCCUGAAAUGGACAAACUUCAGCUGGAAGCUUUUGAUAUGAGUAGAACUAGUGCAGCAUACUCCUUUUUGCUUGCAGGUGCUACCCAUCAUCUAUUUCUGUCUGAAUCUUCUCUAGUUACAUCUGUUGCAAAUUUCUGGACAAGUGCUGGGGAGUCCUUACUAAAUGUUGCUAGAAGCUCUGUGUGGAAAUUGUUAGCAAAACGGGGGUUAACUAUUGCAGAGCUUCCACAUUUCCCUGGUUAUAAAUGCUGUAACUGUGCAUUGGUGAAUAUGUUUGAAACAAACUUUGCUUUUAAUCAAGCUCGAAAUGUAGUGUUUGAGGACAUAUCAAGGGAGUUUCUUAAUUGUAUCACGAGUAUAACGCCGAAGGUCUGGACCUUUCUGAUACAGCGGGGCUGUUACUUAAAAAUAAUUGAAGAUCCCAUUGAUUUCAGAUGGGUUGGGACUAUGAUGUCUUUCAGAAUGCUGGAUUGUGAAUUAGGUGAGGCAGAUGCAAAAAGUAGUGUUUCAGGAGGUGAAGCAUGUGUAUGUAUAAAACCAGAAAAUAUAAAUCUCUUUCAGCUUGGUGUCCAUUGCAUACUAUAUGGGGGUUUUUUAUCAAGCAUUUGUUGUGGAAAAGAAUCUCAUUUGGCUUGCGACAUUCAGAACCUUUCAUAUGGUUAAAUCAAAAUGAUUUAUUUUGUUCAUCUAACAAAUGAAGAUGGAAACGUACAUGUUUUCAUGCCCUGCCCCGGUGCCCAUGGCCUGAGCAGUGGAAGAAUCAAUCAAGGUUUGCAAAUGAUGCCGAGAAUGAAUCUUUAUUAGCGGAAUUGAAUCAUAAUUAGCAGUAGAUUUGGAGGAAGAGUCUCUACUGGCUGCGGACGUGGCAAUGCUAUACCAUCCGGGCUUGGGUUUGUAUUGCAAGUAAGUUUAUUUGUUGUUUCUUUAAAUAUAUUACCAAAUAGAGAUGCAUCUAUAUUAAGUUUAUGCAACCGAAUCAGUGCUAUUUAUAAUGAAUAGCAUAUACACCCAUCCUGUCUGCAAUUAACAUCUCUUGAAGGCCAUCCAGAGCUGCUGUACCCACCCAAUACUAAUAAGGGGUAUAUAAUCGUAUUUAACAAAAAAAAUAAAAAUAAAAAACUAGGAUCAAACUGAUCAUCCUCAAUCCACUUAUUAUUUUGUAGCAGCCAUGCAUGAGGAGACGAUUUCAAAAAUGAUGUUUUUCAAAAAAAUAUUUGUGAAAAGCGUUUUUGCUGAAAAAAUAUGUUUCACCAUAAUUGCAUGUUAAAAAGAGUAAUGCUGUACUAAUAAAAUUUUCUUACUAAAUUUAUAAUUUGUUGUGUCAAUCGAGUUUAUCCUAUCAUUAAAUUUUAGAGGGUUCAUUUCAAAUAUCAAUACUUUGUUAUUGCAUGUGAUAUCAACUUGUAAGAAAAAAUUGUCCUCUAAUUUUAUUUUAUUUUUAUAUAAUGUAUUUGCUUACAAUGUAGAUGGGGUGAACUAAUUUAGAGAAGUCAAUAAUGUUAUGAUAACUACAAUUACAAAUAAUCGCAGGGGGUUAGCCAAGUGGGUGUAGCGUGGGGUCUAGAGGUGUGCUCUGUGGGCAUUUUGAAUGGGUCACAGGGUUUUUGGGUUCUUGAGAGAGAAAAUACGUAAGUAACGUUUCAGAAGAGAGGUGUGUAUUGUAUUUAUUAUUGUCUUUUAUGGUAAUUUUACAUAAGGUGUGUAUCAUAGCCAUUUGUCCUUUAUGAUCAUUUUACAUUAGGUUAAUAUUGUAAUAAAAAAUAAACUAAUUAAUGAUCUGUCUUGAGAUGAAACAUGGUGUGUAAAUAGAGGCACCCGAUGUCACGGCCUCAAAAUUUUUAAAAGACUAUAUUACCCUCAUCUUUACAAACCCUCAUCCUAUUCUAACAACUCUGUACUUUCUUUCCUCUUUUAUAUUCUCCCAUUAUCUUCUCUCUAUGCUUAACUCUCAUCCAUCUCCUCCCUCACAAAGCAACUACCACAAACACCAAGGUUAUCUUCGGAGACUAUCACCUAUCAUCACCGACUACCAUCUGCAACAACCACCAAGCCACAAAAGAUCAUUUUCGUAGCCACCGCAUGCAUCCGCUACCCUAUGGAGAGAUCCUCCGCGGAAACCAUCAUCUCUGGGCCAGGCUCGUCUGUAAAUGGAUCAUGGCUAUGAUCCCUUGAAACCCAAAUCUCAGUCAUCACCCAUCUUAAAAAUCUCUACACCACCACGACACCGUCUCUCCAUCUUUGCUCUCAUCACCAUCACCAUUCAUUCUCUCUCUCUCUCUAUCUCUCUCUCUCUCUCUAUAUAUAUAUAAUUUUGGGUUUUGAUUUGAGAUUUUAUUUGGAGUAUUUGAAAGGCAUUGAAAAGUGCUUGGAUUGAAACCCAGUUUGAUGAUAUUGGAUUCCACAGCAUUCACUAGAUAAACUCCUAAUGUGUUGUUGCUGUUUUGAAUUUUAUUAAAGAAUUCAUUAAUUGAGCUUCUCUAAUUUUGGGUAACAACAUAACACUGGUUCAACAAGCACAUUGGGUCAAAAAGCAUGCUCGCAUGGAUUGAUAAUAAGGCUUAUGUAAAAUAAAUAAAUAAAGAAGAAUGAUAUUAUUUAGAAAUUGCUAUACCUGAUUUUCUUUGUUUGUGUUUUUGAUUUUAUUUAUUUAUUGUUUGAUUGAUCAUACGGCUCAGGAUUUUAUAUAUUAUUGUUUGGGGGUAACUGGUGGAGGUGCAUACCAAGUGUUUGAAGUAAUUCCUAAAGGCAAUUGUAUGGAUUUUUGUUUUGUUUUUUGGGAGCUGAAUUAUAUUACUAUCUAGGGUUUGGCAACGAGUCGGACGAAUUGUGGUGGUUGGUGGUAGGGGGUGAGGUUGUUGUAAGAGUAUAAAAUAUUGUAGUGAUGUGUAGUGGCCAGUUGUUAUGGGUUGAGAGGGUUGCAAGAUUAGGUUCUUAUUCACAGUAGUGGCCAGUUGUUAUGGUUGAGGGGUUGCAAGAUUAAAUUUUUAUUCAUAAUAUUGAUGAUCUCUGUCAAUACAUCCAUGAAAGCAAUCUCAACAUUUGUUUUACAUCAGAUUGUGGUGCAAUACAAAGGAGAUGACAUGAAAGGGUAAUAUAGUCAUUUUAAUUUUUCUGUUAAGAUGUUAGUGGGAGCAUCUAUUUACACACACCAAAUACUCUCUUUGCACAUCCUUCUCACUACACACACCAAAAAAAUUAAUUCCUAAUUAGUUUACUCACUACACACACGGUUCAUUCCAUAUCUACCCUCAUACACACACACACCCCCGACCCCAAACCCAGCUCUCCCAACAGUGCAAAUACACACACCUAUUGAAGCUGAAGCUACAUCUUCAACCUUGAGGAUAUACACACCCAUUGAAGCUUACCGUAUGCAAAUACAUUGAAGCAUUCCAUCACAUAGAAGCUUACCGUGUGCAACCCAAGUGUGCAAAUACAUUGAAGCAUUUCAUCCACGAAGCUGCAUCUCGUUGAAGCAUUCCAUCACAUUUUCAAUCUUCAUUAGAAGGCAAAUCCUCCAUAACAAUGAUGAAUAAGGAAGAAGCUACGAAUGAGGAAGGUUGAAGCUACGAAUGAGGAAGGUUGAGAAGCUACGAACUUGGAACUUAAUGGAAGAAGCUGAACUUUGAGCUUAACGAGUGAGUGCUUUCACUUCUAGCUCAAUGGAAGCAGCUGAACUUCGAGCUUAAUGAAUGAGUGCAUUCACUUCUACCUCAAUGGAAGAAGCUGAACUUGGAGCUUUAACGUGAAGUCUGGAUGUGUGCAUUGAGACUUUUGAAUUGGGUAGAUGUCUAAAAUAGUAAUUUCACUUAGGGAUAAAAUUGUAAUAAAAUUAAAUAUUAUUAAGUGUGUGUAUAGAGGGGAUUAGGUGUGUGUAGAUAGAAGCUCUCGAUGUUAGUCAACAAAUUCUGAUUAAGAGAGUAUUGUAAUUAGAGUAUUGUAAUUUCUGAAAUCUCAAGAGAAAGUCUGUAUUAAUAACAAACCUCAAGGGGGUGUGGGUGUAAUUUAUCCUUUUUUAAA